AUGGUAAAACUCAACGUAUCUAGGAAACCUAGUUUUGGUGGAUUCAUCUCCCCUAGAAACAAACUUUUAUUGCCAGACUUAUGGUAUCUAGGAGGCUAUCAUGACGCUAUUGAAAACCCACGAUCGCAGAGUCCGCUAUUAUUCUGCAACUCGGCAAUGAAGUGGCUUGCCUUCGUUCUGCUCUUUAUUCAGGCAGAAUUCAAUUCGUCUUGCAUUUUCGAUAAGGUGGAGGAAUUUCUCGGUAAAUCUCUCCGCUGGUUCCAAGCAAAUGAGAAUCAGUGCUUUGCUGCUUGCUAUGGGGACAUGAACUGCACCGCACUAACGUACAAGGAAGGAAGUUGCUCCCUCUACAGCGUUGGAGUUGGUUCACACCAAUGCACUACAAACGCCUCUGUCUGUUACAUUCUUCAACGCGACGAAGUGGCUCCAGUAUGCGCAAGAUACGCGAACUUCUGAGAAGGUGGCUCAAAAGUUUUAUGACUCACUUUUGAGCUGUGGAAUG